GCUUCUAUCUAUAUAAACAGGAACGACGAAUCUCCUUCUCUGCCACUUUGCCACACAUAAUCACCACACUUUAGUGCUUUCUUUUUUAGUUUCCUUGUCGUUUAAAAAAGUCACCAAUAUCAACAAAACCAUGUCUUCUUCAGGGGUAAACCUAGAAAAAAUAUCGAAUUCCACUGGAUGAGAUCCUUGAGGUCACAAGUAAAUUCAGUCCAAAAUCUCUGAUCGGAGAGGGUGGAUUCGGUAUGGUCCACAGAGGAGAACUCUCUAAAGACGGGCAAACACGCACAGUAGCAAUCAAACGCCUGAAUCGGGAUGGUUAUCAAGGAAACAACGAGUUCCGUAAUGAACUUGAGAUGGUUUCCAGUUUCCAUCAUCCAAACAUCAUUACUUUCAUUGGUUACUGCGAUGAGGACAAUCAUAUGAUCAUAGUUUAUGACUAUGCUAAGAACGGAAGCCUUGAUCAUCAUCUCCAAAACCCAGAUAAGAUGCGUAGCUUAACAUGGGCACAACGCUUGAAGAUUUGCUUAGGUGCAGCAAAAGGGCUCAAGUACCUUCACUCAGGUCUUGGGGAGCACAAUAGAGUAAUUCACAGAGACAUGAAGAGUGCAAAUAUACUCUUAGAUGUCAAUCUUGAAGCUAAAAUAUGUGAUUUUGGUUUGUCAAGAUUUGGUGCAAGAAAUCAAGAAGAGACCCAACUCUUAACAAAGGCUGCGGGUACAAGGUAUUACAUGGAUCCCCUUUACGCUGAAAGAAGCAGGCUCACGAAAGAGUCAGACGUGUACUCCCUUGGAGUGAUUAUGUUUGAAAUGUCGAGCGGGACACUGGUUUAUCUUGCAAAGUGCUUUGGAGAUGAUGAUAACCCACAAUAUCUCAUUGAUGUGGUCCGGAGCUGCUAUGACGAUGACAAAAAAGCUGCCAAACCAGACAAGUUAAUUGAUCCUGAUAUUAAAGAUCAUACUGAUAUGAACUCUUUUCACACGUUUAACAAAAUUGCACAUGAAUGCGUUAGCCUGAAGUUAGAGCAACGCCCAACGAUGGAGAGGGUCAUCAGGAAGAUUGAGCAGUCAUUGACAAUUCAAUUGAAACAUCAGGAAUCUGCCUCUACUACCACCACACGACGCCUAGAAAGUUUUCUAAUUCCACUGACGGAAAUAAACUUGGCAACCCAAAACUUCAAUCCGGAAACACGUAUCGGAUCCUACGAAUAUGGUGUUGUCCAUAGAGGACAACUCUAUGAACGGUGGCAAAACCGCACCAUGGCUAUCACCCGCUUGAAUUCAAAAACCUACCUAAGCGCAUGGGCCCAAGAUUUUAAAAAGGAGCUCCGGAUGAUUUCCAGUCUUCAACAUCAAAACAUCUCCCCUUUCAUCGGUUACUGUGACCAAGGCAAAAAGAGAAUUAUAGUUCAUGAAUAUGCUGUCAAUGGAAACGUUGCAAAUUAUCUCGAAAACAAGAGGAAUAACUUGCGUAAACUAACAUGGGCACAACGCCUGAAGAUUUGCCUAGGGGUAGCAAGAGGACUCCAGUGUCUUCAUUUGUCUUUUGGGGAAGACAACCAAGCAACACGCGGGAACAUUAACUGUGAAAGCAUAUUGUUAGAUGAAACUAUGGAUGCCAAAAUUUCGUUUUUUGGUUUGUCAAGACAAGGUCACACAAACCCCAAACCUGACGAAUACAUAUCAGACAUGUAUUCAUUUGGCGUAAUAAGGUUUGAGUUAUUGAGUGGACGUCGGGCUCAUGAUUUAAACGAAUAUGCUGAACCAGAAGAGCAAUUUUAUCUAUUUCAAGAGUACUACCGCAACAAUGAUCUCCACAUAUUCCUUGAUGAGUAUAUAAGAGAUCAAAUUGAUAGCCGUUGUUUGAAUAUAUUAAUAGAAGUUGCAUAUCGGUGCAUAAAGAAGAGCCAUCAGAAGCACAUUAUGAUGAAAAAAGGGGGACUAAACAGUGGGAGGGGGCCACCUGGCGGCAAGGAUCCACGUACACACUUUACGAUGGAUGAAGUCGUCGAUAGGAUUGAGGAUGCAGCGGAUUUUGAAUCAAAUGAAAAGUAGUAUGGAUUAUACAACAUGAAAAACUUUCAAUUUUUUCUGUCAUAUGUAUCCAAGAAAAUUUCUAAAAUCAGUGGUGUUGAUUUUUAGUUCUUUUUAUAAAUCAGCG